CCUAUAAAUAGUAGUCCGACACCCGGCCUUUUAUUAUGCAUUAUCCUUAGUUGUUGAUUCAACCACACGUCAACCUAACGGUGAGACCAUUUCUUUAUCAUUAUCGUUUAUCUGAUCCAAACUUCUGAAGACUUUUCGAUUCCCGAUGCCCCAUCAAUCCGUCCCUGUUAUUUUAUUACUUUAGUAUUUUCAAUCUCCAUCGUCUUGAAAAAAUUUAUUGGCCGCCAAUAUUUUAUUUUUCUUAGUUCUAUUUUGCUUGGCUCUUAAUUUUGCUUGGCUCUUAUAAUACGCAACCAAAAAGAAUUAGGUUCUUGUUCUGUUCAUACCUUCUUUCACCAGCAAUUUUCCGGGAACUUGUAUUUCUGGGAAAAUUUUCUUUAUUUUGAUCCCACAAGAUUUUUUUUGGAAAUAUUGAGUUGAUUCGAGGACCCAUUUGGUUAUUGAUAAAAGGGUCGUUUUCAAAAUUGAAUCUUGGGGGUUCCAUCUGGACAUUGUUUUUGAUUAGUUUUCCUGGAAAGCUCUAGUUCCUGGAAGAAUUUCAUUGCUUCAAGGUGUAACUGAAAGACGCUUUUGGCUGCCGAUGAUAUGUUGAGGCUUGGCAAUUUGAUGAUAUCUUGAGGCUGAAUUUCUCGAAUUCGCAUGCCCCCAAGAGGUUGGAAUCUUUUUCUUUGACUUUCCUCAACAUAUUUAGCUUGAUUAAGUUCUAGCGUAACUUUAGGUUAUUUGUUUAUCGAUUCCCAUCCUUAUUCUUCAAAAUUUGUCAAUUUGAUUAGAAAAGCAGUAGCCAGACUUCUCUCUAUUAUAGAAAAUUCAGCUUCUUUAAUCGGAAUUGGAUUGUUUAUAAGCCAAUAGAGAAACAAAUUCUCGGGAUAAACUUCUCUCCGCUUAGGUAUGGAUGUAAGCAAUGAGGCAAGUGUUGAUGCUUUCUCCAUUGGACCUUCAAGUAUUAUGGGAAGGACCAUUGCUUUUAGAGUCUUAUUUUGUAAGUCAAUCUCACAAUUGAGGCAUCAACUGAUUCAUAUGUUGUUAGUAUAUUUGUACAAAGCUAAGGUGUAUUUGAAUACCUACUUGACCCCUUUGAUCUCGUGGCUUCAUCCGCGGAACCCACAAGGGAUAUUAGUAUUGGUGACAUUAAUAGCUUUCUCAUUGAAAAGAUACACUAACUUGAAAAUGAGGGCUGAGAUGGUUUAUAGGAGGAAGUUUUGGAGGAAUAUGAUGAGAACUGCCUUGACCUAUGAGGAAUGGGCUCAUGCUGCUAAGAUGCUGGAUAAAGAAACCACUAAAAUGAAUGAAGCUGAUCUGUAUGAUGAAGAACUUGUAAGGAAUAAACUUCAAGAGCUUCGGCAUCGUCGCCAAGAGGGGUCUCUCAGGGACAUUGUAUUUUGUAUGAGAGCUGACCUUGUUCGGAAUCUUGGCAAUAUGUGCAAUCCAGAACUUCACAAGGGUAGGCUUCAUGUUCCUAGACUUAUAAAGGACUAUAUAGAUGAAGUCUCAACUCAGUUGAGGAUGGUUUGUGACUCUGAUUCAGAGGAGCUUUUAUUGGAGGAGAAGCUUGCUUUUAUGCAUGAGACGAGGCAUGCCUUUGGUAGGACAGCUUUGCUUUUAAGUGGGGGUGCUUCUCUUGGAGCAUUCCACAUAGGUGUGGUCAAAACAUUGGUUGAACACAAGCUUAUGCCACGGAUAAUUGCAGGGUCCAGCGUUGGGUCCAUUAUGUGUUCUGUUGUUGCAACUAGGUCUUGGCCUGAGCUCCAGAGUUUCUUUGAGGAUUCCUGGCACUCUUUGCAAUUCUUUGAUCAAAUGGGAGGAAUAUUUACAGUUUUUAAGAGAGUAACGACCCAAGGUGCUGUUCAUGACAUCAGACAAUUGCAAAUGAUGUUAAGGCAUCUUACGAACAAUCUAACUUUCCAGGAGGCCUAUGAUAUGACUGGCAGGAUUCUAGGGAUUACAGUUUGCUCCCCAAGGAAGCAUGAACCUCCUAGAUGCCUCAACUACUUGACUUCACCUCAUGUUGUUAUAUGGAGUGCAGUCACAGCUUCUUGUGCUUUUCCUGGCCUUUUUGAAGCUCAAGAGCUGAUGGCGAAAGAUAGAAGUGGAGAGAUCGUUCCUUAUCAUCCACCAUUUCAUUUAGGACCUGAGGAGGGCUCUGGUACAUCUGCACGUCGAUGGAGGGAUGGUAGUUUGGAGGUGGAUUUACCCAUGAUGCAGUUGAAAGAGCUUUUCAAUGUUAACCAUUUUAUUGUCAGUCAAGCAAAUCCUCAUAUUGCACCUUUACUGAGAAUUAAGGACUUAGUAAGAGCCUAUGGAGGCAAUUUUGCUGCAAAGCUUGCUCAUCUGGUGGAGAUGGAGGUGAAACACAGAUGCAAUCAAACACUGGAACUUGGUUUCCCACUGGGGGGAUUGGCCAAGCUGUUUGCUCAGGAUUGGGAGGGCGAUGUGACUGUCGUUAUGCCAGCAACUCUAGCUCAGUAUUCAAAAAUCAUUCAAAAUCCCUCUAAUGUGGAGAUUCAGAAGUCAGCCAACCAGGGAAGGAGGUGCACUUGGGAGAAGCUGUCAGCAAUAAAAGCAAACUGUGGAAUUGAGCUAGCUCUUGAUGAGAGUGUUGGUAUACUUAACCACAUGCGAAGGCUCAAAAGGAGUGCUGAAAGAGCUGCUGCUGCUUCGCAUGGAUUGGCCAGCACAGUCAGAUUCAAUGCUUCCAAAAGGAUCCCUUCUUGGAACUGUAUUGCACGAGAGAACUCAGCAGGAUCCCUUGAGGAAGAUCUACUUGCUGAUGUUGCUUCCUCGUUUCAUCAUGGUGGCAGUGGAUCGGCAGGACCUACUGGGAGAAAUUGGCGAGCCUGCCGAAACACACACGAUGGAAGUGAUAGUGAGUCUGAAAGUGCUGAUCUCAAUUCUUGGACAAGAUCUGGUGGCCCCUUGAUGAGGACGACCUCAGCUGACAAGUUUAUAGACUUUCUCCAGAAUUUGGACAUUGAUAGCAGGUUGAACAGAGGAAUGGUGGUUCAACCUGGCAGCGCAGUGACCCAGAUGGGUGGCAGAGAUGGACUACAUCAAGUCUCAUGGACAACGACUCCAGAUAGAAAUUUGGAGACAGAAUUUGAUCAAAGAGAGUUUGGUUCCAGAGUUCCAACCACUGGUUCUAGCAUUAUGGUAGCUGAGGGUGACCUGUUGCAGCCUGAAAGAAUACGCAAUGGAAUUAUGUUCAAUAUUGUGAAGAAAGAAGAUCUAACACCAACAACCAGGAGUCGUGAAUCAAGUAUUAGUUCUCCACGUGAUUCACCGCAUGAUCCACUACCUGAAUGUGUGCAACUUGAAUGUCUAGAAACAGGACUGGAUUCUAGCUCAGUAUCUGAAUCCGAUGAUGAUCCUGGUGAAGUGGAAAAUAAUCUAAACGAACACGAUGCUGAUUGUGUCCCUGAUAAUCAUCCUAAUGUAGAUCAAGGUAACAGCUAGUAUGGUGUAGUUGUAUCAGCUACCUUGAUGAUGUAAUACUGGAGUUUACAGAUUCGACUUUAGCAGAAUCUUACUCAGAUGAAAGCAGAAAAGAAUAGAAAUUUGUGAAUCAGCAUUUGUCAUUGUGCUAGAGCUUAUUCCAAUGAGAUGGCACUUGUAUAUAAGCUGUAAAACUGUGAAUAGAAUUACUAGCAGGAUCUGGAUUUAUGCUUGGUUGUACUAAAUCAAAGUUGUAAUGGUUUCUCUUGUUGUUCCACCGGUAUGAGAAGUUCUUCUUUCUCCAUGUCAAGUAUGAGGACAACUUUGAAAAUGUGUUUAUGAACUUUUUCUGAUUUCA